AAUUAUGGAAGUUGAAAGAUCAGAGACAUUUCAAAUUCCAAAAAGACUUUUUAUCUAUCUAUGAAAUGAUGAUUUACACGAAGUAUUUAUAUACAUAAUCCUAAUGCUUUACUAAUGUUAUUUUAGAACAAAAAUGGUUUUUAUAUAAUAAUGACAUGUAAAAUAUAAUAUUGGUAAUGUAUGAAAUUUUGACAAAAUGUCAGAAGUUAUUGUUUUAAGUGAUUCAAAUGAAUCUAAUUUAUCUAUUGAAUUAAAUGACGAGCUGAAUCAUGUUAAUGAGAAUAAGAAACAGAAAAUUUUAAUUGAUGAUACUGACUCAAAUGAUUUUGAAUUUCCUGCAGUACAGUUCUAUCAUACUGUCAAUGAGAACAGAACAUCUGCAUUAUGUGACAACAAUAGUAAAGAUUAUUUGAAUGAUUUUAAUUCUUGGAUACCAUCGUAUCAAAGCAAUAACAAACUUCCUACUACUAGCAAAAGUACAAAGGAACAUAAUGUUAAAACACAUCGUAUAUCUGACUCACCAGAUGCCUCAGAAGAUUCAGAAAAUGAUAACAAUCAGGAAAGAAGAAAAAACAGUAAGGCUACAACAAAAAAGAAUAAAAGGCAGAUCACAGAAAAAGGUGUGAAAAAGCAGAAACAAUUAAAAGAAACAGCAUUGAAAGCAAUUGCUUUAAAAAGAUCAAAGAAUAUUAAACCUGGUGAAUGCUUAAAAUUCAUAGAAGUUGUUAUUGAUAAAAAUAUUGAUAAGUAUGCUUAUAUUACAAAUAUUGUAAAUACAUUGCUUGAUGCUGAUAUAAAAUAUAGCAUUGAUACAGGAUUAACUCCAAAUGGGAUUUUAUGGAAAAGAAGUGUUGAAAAUAGUUAUCUUAAUGAAAGCAAUGAAAUAUGUACAACAACAGAUAUUGAAACAGUUAACCAAAUAUUAAUAAUUUGGAAUUGGAAUGAAGUAGUAACAAAAGUAGCAGAUGAUAGUUUUUGUGAUUCGAUUGUUAACAUUAAAGCCUCUUUAGCAGAUUACAAAAUCAUAUUAGUAAUUUUUGGUAUAGAAAAUUAUUUUACAUAUAGAAAGCAAGGGAAAAAUUCAAAUAAAAAUAAAACAAAAAGGAAUAAUACAAGCAAUAAUGAUGAACUUAAGAACUCCCCAGAAAUAUCAAGACACAAGCUUGAAAUGUGCCUUGAUGAAGUACAAAUUAUUGCUAAUUGCAAUAGCAGAUUGAUUGAUAGUCCUCAAGAUUUAGCAUUGAUGAUUUAUCAAUGUACAAAAGCUGUAGCAGAAAUACCAUAUAAGUUAGAAAAAAGUUCAAAUUUAAGAAACAAAUUUGAUUGGUAUGUGAUGGGAGAUAAUAGAAAUACUGUACGCGUGGAUAAAGAUGGAAAUGGAUUAAAAAGAGUAUGGCAACAACAACUUUGUCAGUUUAAUUUAAGUAGUUUAGAAAUUGCAGAAGCAAUUUGUUCUGUAUAUCCAAGUCCUGCAGAUUUGAUAGAAGCCUAUAUGAAUUGCACAGAUGACAAUGGAUUGAAUUUGUUAAAAGACAUUCCGAUUAGAAGAGCAGCUGGACCUCUUACAACAAUACGAAAGAUAGGCCCAGAAUUAAGUAAAAAAAUAUAUUUAAUGUUUACAUCUGAAGAUGGUGAAAAUAUUUUAUGUUAAAUAUAUUUGUAUUAGAUACUUCAGUAAACAAAUUAAUGAAUAUAAUAUAUUUAAUAAA